AUGGCGCCUUGCAGUCCGUCGAUGGUGUACGUCGUAGAUUUUGACGCUUACCGGAGCAGCCCUGCCCCUCCUCUGCAGGUGAAGGACUCUGCGUCGGUAAUGGACAUGAGCAUAUCGCCACCAGACCUUCUGCAAACGGAGAAACUGCCCUCUCGUUCAUCGUCGUCAGAGCAUAAACAGGCGCUCCCACCUGUCGUGCCAGAUGAACGACACGACCAUGAAGACUACCAGACCACGAUCGCCAGUAACGCGACCUACGCCAUGCCACUUCACAAAGUAGGCCAGCCAGACGUCACAAACGAGAUGCCUGACCAGCCAAAGGACAUUAUCAUCAGAGACUUGGCACCGCAAACCAACUGCCCUGCUGACGGCACUGCUCGCUCCCUGGACACAUCUUGUUCACGUGACCCCUCAUCAGGAAACGCCAGCUCGACCCAGCAUGACAACUGCACCCGACCUCACAUAGUCCGACACUCGACAGUUACGCAUGAUCUCAAUUCCAUAUAUGAGAGGCUGAAGGCUAACAACGACGAGCUUCAGAACUUGAACAACCAGAUCGAGCAGCAUAUUCCUGACGAAGAGUUCGAGGCCGAGUAUAACGCCGUCCUGGAAUAUGAAGAUAAUGCGACGCGAACUCUCGCAGAGAUUCUCAGUAGAAAAGAUCGCAUGCUACAAUCGUCGACACUAACCGAAGGAACGGUCGCCCAAACGGUCGCAGCACCAUUAGACGGAACUGGAGUCAGAUUGCCUAAACUGACAAUAGCUCCUUUCUCUGGAGACCUAUGCAAGUGGACGGAAUUUUGGGAACAGUUCGACCACAUUGUUCACAGUAACGUCCGAAUCACUGCAACAGAGAAGUUCCAUUACCUACGACUAUAUCUGACAGGAGAUGCUGCAUCAGUGAUUGCGGGACUUCCGACGACUGAGAGUUGCUACAACGACGCCAUCACCAUGCUACAGAAGCGCUUUGGUGACAACACGCGCCUGGAACAAGAGUAUUUUGCUAAACUACGGAUGUUGACCCCUGUUCGUUCAUCAAAUGACACGAAAGCCCUACGCAACUUGUACGACCACGUUCUCGUCAAUAUCCGCGGACUCGAGACUCUGGGUGUGCACAAGUCAUCCUUCUCAUCUAUGCUCUGCGACAUUCUACUGCGUGCUCUUCCACGGGACAUAGUCGUUCAGUAUCAUCGGUCGUGUGCCGUCCAGGUGGCAUGUGACUCGAGAAGUGAUGCUACACCCGUGGGACUGGAUGGUCUGCUCAACUUCCUGGGCAUUGAGCUGGAAAGCUUAGAGAAGAGUGAUUUCAAUGACGCUGGAAGACGAGAAUUCGGAACAACGCCCGCGGCAAGUCAGUUGACGUAUUCUCGCCGUGGGAAACCUACGUCAUCUGUGCUUCACAGCAACGCGGCAAGGGAACCAAAAAAGGACAACUGCGUCUUCUGCUCGUCCAGUCAACACAAAUCUGAACUGUGCACAGCUGAGUUACCACUGACGCAGAAAAAAGAACUACUGUCCAAUGACAAGAGGUGUUUCCGUUGCACCACCAAAGGACAUCGGGCACGGUACUGCAAAAGGAAGAUCUCCUGCUCGAGAUGCCAAGCGCGACACGCUACAAGCAUGUGUGAUCCCGACAGGUGUUCGCGGAAUACAGACUAUGUCAACAAGAACGACGGAAAAACUACGACAGUCUGCGCAUCACUUGGAAAACGACCACCAAAUGAAGGUUCCAUUGCUUGCGUCUUUCUCCAGACUUUCCGAGCAUGGGCCAUAAAUGAUGACACGUGUCGCUACAUACGAGGAAUUUUUGAUGGCGGCAGUCAGAGGACCUUCAUAACUGAAGCCUUGUCCAAGCACCUUCGGCUGAAAAGUGUGGGAACUACUCGGAUAGCACUCAACACUUUCGCGAGUGCAUCAGACCAAGCGGCUAAGAGGCGUCGGAUCGUCGAACUGCGACUGCGGAGUCAAUUUUCCGACCAGGAGAUAGUCCUAGCAGCAAUAGAGAUCCCACACAUCUGCCAGGACAUCGAAGAGACAACAAUGGACGCAGCCUUCAUCGCUUCUUUCAAGAAGCUUGGAAAGGAUGUCGCCGAUGAGCUGAUACACCCAUCUGUCAUAACGACCAAUGGUAUCAGCGUACUGAUCGGUUCCGAUCAGAUGUGGAAAAUGUUGACCGGCGAAGUUUCAAGAUGCGAAGGCAACGAAUCCUUGAUUGCAUUGAACUCCAAGUUUGGAUGGACCUUCCAGGGGAGCACAUCGCACUUGAUGUCUCAAACAACAGCUACACGAAUGAUGGUGUGCGUGCUCAAAGUUCAAGCUACCGAUUCCGACGAGUUUCUGCGUUCCUUUUGGGAACUUGAGAACAUAGGAAUUACAGAUACGAUAGGCAAGCUUCCUGAAACGAGCAAGACCAUGAUACAAUUUGAGAAAACCAUCAGCUUUCGCAACGGAAGAUAUGAAGUGGCCCUCCCUUGGAAGGAUGGAUUCGAGCUUGCAAGUAACAGGCAAGUCGCCAUUACUCGACUAGAGAAGCUUGUCAACCGUCUCAGCGCCAAGAAGGGACUGUUCGAAACGUAUGACCGUACCAUAAGAGAGUACUUGCGGGCAGGACACGCUGAAGUCGUCAGUGACGCACCUUCUGACGUGACAAAGUUAUAUUAUAUGCCGCACAAGGAAGUCAUACGUGAACAAGCGCUGACCACGAAAAUUCGAGUGGUGUUUGAUGCUUCGUCACAUGCCAAAGGAUGCAAGUCACUUAACGACUGCCUUGAAAAAGGUGACAACUUGUAUCAAGACCUCGUGCAAGUUUUGCUACGCUUCAGAACGCACCCGGUGGCAAUGAUCGCAGACAUCGAAAAGGCAUUCCUUCAGAUUUCGAUACGGCAAGAAGACAGAGAUGCUUUCCGCUUUCUCUGGUUCGAAGAAGGAGAUUUAUCCAAGGCCAAGUUACAAGAGUGGAGGAUGACACGAGUACCUUUCGGAGCCGCAUGUAGCCCAUUCUUGCUCACAGCUACCAUUCUUUACCACGUCAAAAGAGAAACGGCUGCCAUGUUCCCCGCUAUCUGUGUGGCGGAGGCAGGAUGCACAACGUGCUUCAAGUACAUGUCUUCUGUGACGCCAGUCCAGCAGCAUACGGAGCAGCAAUAUACGUCGUGCCAAGUCCUGAGAAGCCGACGUUGUUCAUUGCAAAGUCACGUGUAG